GCAGAUCUAAGGUUGCCUGGUUACAUAGAAGGCUAUGUUCGGCGCUUCUGGCAGGCGAGUGAGGACCACCGCGGGACCCCAGAAGCACCAGGCCGUGUGUGCACUCUUAUCGAUCGCCAACUCUGGGAAACGUUGACCGACGAGCAUCCUUCAGCUCCUCCAAGAGUUUGGGGAGCAGCUUAUCGAAUCCCCAAGGACAAAGUGCCCGCAGUCACGGAGUAUAUGAACAUCCGCGAGAUCAAUGGCUAUAGUAUACAGUAUGCGCCAUUCAAACGACCCGAAGAUAUGUCAGCGACCUACCAGGAGGUCCACGUUCCCGAGAACGUCAAUCUCAAUGGAAGCACGAUCCGAUGCCUGGUCUAUAUUGGGCUCCCCGACAAUCCUCAAUUUCUUGGUCCACAGGAUCCGCAAGCCCUGGCUGAACAUAUCGUGAAGUCGAGAGGGCCAAGUGGUGAGAACAAGGACUACCUGUACGAGCUUGAGGCGGCUCUGAACGGAUUGAGUCCGGAGAGUGAGGAUGAGCACAUCCGUGAUCUGGCGAGAAGAUGCAGAGAAAUCGAGGCAAGACAGCAGGCGAAGUGA